AUUCAGGGAUUAAGAGACCGGAUAUUUCAAUAAAUUAUCUUAACACGUUAUAAUUCGUGUAAUUUUGUACAGUUAUUACAGUACAUGCGGAAUAUCAACUUGUACAUGUAGACGAAUUUGUGUACAUUGUGUCACUGUUACAUAUGUUAAAGUGAAAACCCCAUUUGUGCGCGCGGAAAUUUAGAAGUUUUAACAAAAGAAGAUUUUGAGCGCAUCUGCCCCUCUCUCUGCUCAUUGAAGUGGAAAAGGCUUGUUUCACCUAUUCUGUUCUCCUAUUUUCCUGUUCUUCUUUGUCUUCUACAUGCUAGAGCUGUGAACAACAAGAUAUGCUUGAAUACUGUUCACAAUGAAGAUGUCGUAAAGUGAAGAAUGAUGAAGAGUGUUUAUCCUCUCCUGUUUCCUCUUCUUUUCUACUUAGGACACUCAGCUUACUGUCCUUUAGGUCGGGAGCAUCGGCAUCUGGGAGCUAGAAAACUUAAAUACUUUCUUCCAAAACAGAAUGUGCACGAUGGUGAUGUGGUUCCAUAUAGUCCGAAGAAUCAGGAAGGAGGACGAAUUAGUGAAGACGACAGUUCGUCCAGAUACAUUAGUUCAGUUUUAGAUAGUGAAAAUAGUCUGGACUGGAGGAAUGGUCCCAGUUAUGCUAAACUUACUCAGGAGCCCCCUUCACACUUUUCAGGGUAA